AUGGCAACAGCUUCCAAAGUUCAACUCUCUCUUGGCGAAUGGCCCGAAUUCUAUAUCAAGGACAUCAAACAAGAGUCUGCAAUAAGGGCUUCAGAUUUGUUGCAAGAAAAUCAUGAGAAACACCACAUAUUCUUCAACAAUUCUGGCUUCCAUAACCAUAUUGCUCAUCAUCUGCUCACAGUCUACUCUUUGGCCGCGACACCCUCGCAGAUUCAAAAGCAUUACGAUGACAACGUGAGCUACCAAAGACCACCCCAGCCUGUUGAGUCAACCGUCAUACAAGGUAUGGAAGACCCUGCACAGUUCAAGAAGUAUUUGGGCAAGGAGCGUUAUUACAAUGACUACCUCCGCUUCUUCCAAAGCGAGAUGGACAAGAAAGGUUGGCAGCAAGUCUUGAACGAGUACGUCUUUGCCCGAGAUGAACGAGCAGACGACAUGCUGGUCCGCAUGUUUGCUGGAUUCCUUCACCCUAUUAUUCAUCUGGGCUUCGGCGUCGAGUUUCACCAGCCCGCCAUCGUCGCCGAAGGCCUUGCUCAAGCUGCCGUCCAUGAUUCUUGGAUGAAACCUUUGUUUUCUGGUGCCGAGAGGACCCGCACAGAGAUUUCUGGGCCCUCCAAAAGCAUCGUUGAACUGCUGAACCAAACACAUGCCGAGAAGCGUCUAGCCAAAGCUGCCGAUGUGGAUGGCAAUCGCAUUCGCGACGGCAUACUGAAGACCGAGGCACAGACAAUGAUUCUUAGGUACACANAGUUUGACUUCUUCUACAUGCACUGCAUCAACUCUUCCAUCUUCUUCUCUGCUUUUCUCAAACAAGACUGGCUAAGCGACGCCAACAAAGUCCGCCUGCUCGAAUGGAAAGUCAGAAACGAUGUUGCUUUGUACGCGUCGCGGGGCUGCCCAGACCUUCUCAUCGACGAAAUCAUGAAUUACGAGCCGAGCAAACCAACAUCUACAUCUACCGACCCCUGGCACGAUAUCAUCGAGCGAGUAAAGAACUUUGAGGAUGAUGGACAUGGCUCAAAGCUGGUCAGAGCAUUGGCGCAUGGACAGCAGAUCUGCAAACCGUAUGAGCACAAGGAGAACUUCAGGGUCAAAGAUAAUAUGUGGUUGCAGCUUGGUCAUAUGGCUAUUGAUUCUGUCGAAGGCUCUGAGCCCACUUGGGUGCGAUCGGCUGGCUUUGACAGUGCUUGGGAGAAGGUAGCAGACAGGCCUCGUGCACAACUAUGA